GUUGCCGCCUCCCUGCUUGUGGUGGUGGUAGCCCAUGGUACGGACAUGGCUGCUUUCAGCAAAAUACCACACAACUGCUACGAAAUCGGUCACACCUGGGACCCGUCGUGUGUGCAGUCUGCUGCGGACGUAGCCAGGGGUGCUCUGGAGGUCUCCUUCAAAAUAUACGCCCCUCUUUACCUGAUAGCAGCUGUUCUAAGGAGAAGAAAGAAGGAUUACUAUACAAAAAGGCUUCUCCCAGAGAUCCUGUGGUCUACCUCUUUCCUCACUGCCAAUGGAAGUCUCUACAUUGUUUUCUUCUGCGUCCUCAGGAAACUUCUUGGAGGGUUCUACUCCUGGUCUGCUGGGUUUUGGGCAGCACUGCCAGCAUCCUAUAUUGCCAUCCUCCUGGAGCGUAAGAGCAGGAGAGGGCUGCUGACAAUAUACAUGACAAAUCUUGCCACUGAGACUUUGUUCCGCAUGGCAGUGACACGAGGCAUCAUCAAACCCAUCAAACAUGGCGAGGUGCUUUUGUUCUGCAUAACUGCAUCACUCUACAUGUUCUUCUUCAGGAGUCAAGAUGGUCUCAAAGGCUUUGCAUUCUCAGCAUUAAAGUUCAUCAUCGGAAAAGAAGAGAUCCCAACUCACUCUCUUGUGGCAGAGCACAUCUACACAAGGCACCCUGAGAGGACAGCUGCUAUAGAGACGGAGGACCUGCAGGUGUCAGCAGAAAGGCCCAGCUCCAGGAGGAAAACUCUGGUAGCCUACACCAGGGAACUGCUAGAAUCAAUAUGCAAGAAGGGUCCAAGACACAGAUGUUGUAAACAUUACCAAGACAACUGCAUUUCCUACUGUGUGAAAGGUUUUGUCAGGAUGUUCAGUGUUGGCUACCUGAUACAGUGUUGUCUUAAAGUGCCUUCAGCGUUCAGGCACAUGUUUACCAAACCCUCACGACUCGCCUCGCUCUUCUACAACAAGGAGAACUUCCAGUUAGGGGCCUUUCUAGGAUCUUUCGUCAGUAUCUACAAGGGAACAAGCUGCUUGCUGCGCUGGCUGCGUAACAUUGAUGACGAGCUCCAUGCACUGAUAGCCGGCUUCCUGGCUGGUAUCUCGAUGUUCUUCUACAAAAGCACGUCAAUAUCCAUGUAUCUCUUCUCGAAGCUGGUGGAGACCAUGUACUUCAAGGGCAUUGAGGCUGGUCAGUUCCCUUACUUUCCUCAUGCAGACACGGUCAUAUACGCCAUCUCCACCGCUAUCUGUUUCCAAGCUGCUGUGAUGGAAGUGCAGAACCUCAGGCCUUCAUACUGGAAGUUCCUGUUGCGUUUAACAAAGGGCAGGUUUGCCCUGAUGAACCGACAGUUGCUAGAUGUGUUCGGGACUCAGGCCUCCAGGGACUUUAAAGGCUUUGUGCCCAAACUGGACCCUCGUUUCACCACGGUGCUCCCACCGGGAGCAGAUAUCCAACUAGGCUGACUUGGGAGCAGGCUGUAGGAGGGGCUUUUAGGGUUACCUCAACGUGAACAGUUUGGCUGUUCUAUCUGAGUAAUUUAAGGAUUUUUUUUUAAAAGGCGUUAUGACAGCUCAGAAGUGGUGUUGUUGUGUAAUGAGAUGGGAUAUGCUUUGGAGGAUUUAAAAGCCUGUGAUCUGUCCAAAGCAGGGCAUCAUGAGUGUUCAGCGUGGUGCUGCACAAAAGCACAUUUACUGGCUGGGAUUGUAUGAAUACAGGUAACCAGUGAAAUAAAUGAAGUGUACUAAUACAAGUAUUUCAAAGUCCUAAUGAAACCCUAAUAGCACUUGCUAAACUCUAAUAAUAAGAAAGCCAUCUAAAUGAUUGAAUCUUUCUGUCAAGUUGCUCAUUUGCGUUGUACAGGUUUACAUUAACCUGCUCUGCAAGAUAUGGAUGGUGAUAGAUAACCUUACGGGGUCAGCACUUAAAUCACAAAGAAAGCCUAAAAUUGGAUAAUUGGAAAUUAAAAAUGAUUUCGCUUUGGCUGCAACAACAUUCCUUUUAUCCUUUGAUCAUAAAAUUUCUUCAUUUUCCAAGUUACCUGUAGGUUUGUACUGACUGAACUCAGUUUGGUUAUUUCACAACAGAGUGUGAAACUAAAACAGACUCAGUGAUUCCUGAUUUUGACUGUGAUUGACGAGGAGAAAGAACUUGUGAUCAUUACUGAAUGUGUACUUGUCUAGUGAGUGGAACUGAUAAUAUAUAUUUAAUUAUGUAGCCUUAUUAAUGAGAGAUGUAUUUAGAUUGUGGUCUAUGAUGUGAAACAGAGAGGUGGAAAGUCACCACUUUUAACCAGUUAAAAUUAUUAUUAUUUUUUUUGUCAUGUCAUCAUCGCGUUUUAAAUGCAAUUGAGGUUUUCUUUUUCUCCAGAUCUCAGACUAGAGUGCUGUAAAAUUUGACAAUAAUAAUUGCAAUGGAUAAUGUGGUAAAGGGAGCAACUUGAUUAUUGGAGCGGGACACAUAUUAAGCAGGGGGUCUUCCCCAGGAAAAUUAGAGCAUCAUACACUUUUAUUUCCUGCAUUCUGGCGAAUUUGUAUGCACCAAUAUGUGCCUUUUCUGCAUCAAUUUAAACAAACAAAAAAAUAUCAGGCGCCACAUUACCUUUCACAGUAUACUGGAAUAUAAUGCAGUGAGGCUCUCAGGCAGUCUGUGUUGCAUUCAAAUAUUUAGUCUGCUGUAAAUCAAUUCUUAUUUACAAUUAUCCCGGCUGAGUCAACACACAUGUAGGCAGGAUUUACGCUUGUGCGUCUAACUGUCUAAAUGUUAUGUGCCACCUAUACACACCAUUCAUUCGAAUUGAUUCUUAAACCCCUGGACCUUAAUUGCUCGUGUGUUUCAGCAGGAUAUCUGCUCAUAUUCAAAACUUUCUGCACCAUAAAAACUGAAGUGUUCUCUCAUAUUUUGAGAUAAAGUGAGAAAAAAAUCGUUAUAUUACGAGAAUAAAGUCAUAAUUCCCCUGUCGUCAAGGUUUGGCACGAGCUCACCAUCAGAUACUUGGUGUCUCUUCCACCUCUUGCUUGCAGUUAAAUACACAGGCCCUUUAGUUGAUACAGAAAUUGUUUAAAUGUCAUACAUGUAUAUUUUAAGUAUAGCCUUUAAUUUACAUGUAUUUACCUGAGCCAAGACUUUAUAAUGUUAUGAGUUGGACUGCAAGGGAGCCUAAAUUUGCAGAUCCAUGUAAUUCAGAAUCCAGUUUAAUAACCAGUUGUAAAUUAUUCAAAAUUUUAAACCACAAAAUCAUAUGUCUACACAAAUUUCAAAAAGUCAUCACCACAGUCAGCCUGCUCCUUCAUUUUCAUUUCAUUCUCUGGUGUUUGGGUUCAAAACGACUCAUCUGCAUGACUGAAUAUUUUAUUCACGAAUAAAGGCCAAACCUGAUUCAAUUUUAAUAUUUGGUUGUUUCACAUGAGCUCAUAAAAUAUAAAAAAAAAAAUGGUGCUGGCUGUUUGCAUUUUAAUUAAUACUCACGGUCAGUUCCAAGGUGAACCCCAUUGCUUAAAACCCACAUUGAUUGAAACAUUGUUUACUGAGGAAUUUGGUGUUGCAUCGAAAUGUUUGCCUGAAGGCCAGAAGUCUGUGAAUAGAAAGUACACAGCUCCAUCUGCUUGAGUUUUUGUUCGAUGCUGAGAGAUGAGGAUAUCUGCCAAAAAGAUGUUUGGAAUUUUAAAUACUUUAUUUUCUCUGGAAAGUCUGCAUUGCAUCUUUCACUAAGUGAUAAACAGUCCCAGUGGUUGUGCAGUUAAUGGAAUAAUGGGAACAGUGGGUACUUCUGUGGCUCAUGGAGGAUUUCUGUGCUCAUCACUAAAUACACUAUUGCAUCUCACAGCGUUCAUCAUAACUUCAUUCCAGAUGUAAAAUAAUUACACAUAAUUAUACUGUAAAAUUGUUACAUCUUUUUUGUGUACACCUCAUAUUUCUGGUAGUUAUUUAAGCUGCCAUUUUGUUUACUUAAAAUAUGCAUUCAGUUUUUCAACUCAACCCAGCUUUGGACACACGUGACCUCCAUAACACAAGCCAUGAUUUAAAUGAAAAUAGUGCAUGGUUGAUGUUCAGACUAAAGUAGAGGUGGUAUAUUAACUAAACAUAUGACAAAGAACUAUAAUGCAACUCUGCAGAUGUUUUUGAUUUAUGUAAAAAAGUGUAUAUUAAAAUCAUUUUUGAAUAUCA